AUGUACGCCACCUCUAAACUGAUUAUCCCUGCGAAAAUUGCGCAGGAUUCUCCUUAUGUACCGAAAAUUCGCAUUUGCUUGCGACCAUCACCAUCUCUGGAUAAAAACAGUGAUAUGGGGAGCUCACUGGGGUCCGUUGAUCUCAUGAGCGAUACUUUGGAGCAAAGUUACAACGAACACAACAUAGGUGAUCAAUGUGGUAUUGCAAACGCGACCAGUAAUUCUCCACAUAAUGGCACGGAGAAGAUGCUCGAGUCUUCUCAGGAUCCAGUACGAGGUAGCAGAAAGCGUAAAAUGGUUGGGAAUGUGGGCAAUAUUGAUUUUGAAAGAAGGGAUUCUCUGCUUACUAAGAUAAACUUGAAGAAACUAAUAAACGUCAAAACGUUCGAAGCGUUGCCUUUAGAGUCACGGCGCCGCCUGUUGAGUCUCUUGCCUCUAUACGAUCAGACUCCUCCAACUGAUUCAACUUCUGUGGUUUCUGCGUCUUCUGACUACUGGAUCCACCCAACGGCACUGAACAACGAAUUUCUCUCUAAGGCCCUGCAAGACUAUUCCACUCGUCAAAUGAAUGGAGAUUUUGCUCCUCGUGUAAACGCUCGAACAGGUCUCCGAAAGUCCGUUGGGAAUCGUCAACGUUAUUCAACUCCCAUCCUCUCUCCAACAUCUUUAUCUGGUUUGCCAUCGCGACCACAGACUUCUGAAUUAAAUACCAAAGACAAAUGUGAUACUCCAUCACUAAUUACAAGUGGAAGUCAAGCGAAAGUUAAUGGUGUCACGGGACCAAUUUCGCGGCUUCGAAAUAAGUGCGACCCACUUCAAUCGAAGUCAACAACGCAAUCCGUGGAAACAAAAACAGAGAACGAGGAUGGUGACCAGCAAGAAGGGAUUGGCACACGUUUAAGCAGGAGGCGAAAAGCAAUCGCACAAUCGGCCUUCUCCCCCUUCGUCUCUCCAUCCUCUUCGUCGUCCACCACAUCGUCACCUCCUUCACCACACUGUCACUCCUCAUCGAGUCCUUCCAGUGGUUUUUCACCAACCACUGCCGGUGCUCCUGGCAGUAUGGCUCCUUUGAUGCCCCUAUCGUCGGUACCCACUAGUGAAUCAGAACGGCCGGUCUUGCGGCCCUCUCCCGUUUCUUCUGAGCCACCCACUCUUCGAAGGCUUAGCAUGCCCAAGCUCGAGUCCACUCUCCUACUGCAAAAUGGUGCCAAACCAUCGUCUGAGCUUUCCUUGAGUUCUCGACGCUCAACAAUUGGCACUCCUGGGCGAAGGCUCUCGCACAGCGGCAGCGAGUUUCAUUCAAGUGGGCGCCAUCACCUUGUGGUCGAUAGCAGCACUCCAGCCACCCCCACCACAAUGCCACCACCACGAGAGACCAAAACCCUUGCAAGUGUAAGGGAAAAAUUGCGCGCCAAGCGCAUGAUGAUGGGCCAGCAACACCUACACCAUCCUCCUCAAAAUCCCCCACCCACACCUUCUGGUCAACUACCCUUACCUCUGCCUUCCCUUGCUUCGGUUCCUCUGCCUGACCCCCCUCCUAGUGGUAGUCUAACCCCCAACCCCGGCACUAGCUAUUCCGGCGACUUUUAUAGUUGCCCGAAUGCCAUACAAGAUUCAGCGAUACCCGUCUCCGCCCCUGCAUUACAACCACCCACCGCCGCAAUGCCGCUUAUGGGAAACAGUGUGUCCGCUCCUGCUACCCCUCAACACGGUAGUGCUGGAGGUGGGAUACCCGGUCCUCUUCCCGCAAUUCUGGCCCAUUUUAAACAGGCGCGUGUUGUGGUGACUCCUUCGCGAUCAGUUUCUGGCUCUUCGGUGAGUAGCAACGAGGGUGGACAGGAAGUGGCUGAAGCCGAUCACCAGUCUUCUGACGCUCAUUCUCAGCUUCAAAUAGUACAGCAACAACAGCCCUCAGUCACGGUUUCGACAAAUGGUAGUGGUGUCGGCGGCAACGGCGGCAGCACGACUACACGGGCCUUCCUUGUUGACGGGAACAACUUGUCGGAGACUCUUGCCCUUCUACAGUCUAUGAACCCACGCGCAACAGUCACCCAACAACAGUUUCUCUUGAUUCCCAGCACUGACAAGUCGCAUGCUAUUUUGUGUCGGACGCCUAUUGCCAUUCAGCCGAAACAGGCGCCACCUUCGCAAACGCAGGUGGUCCGGAGACACUCUGGUUUCUCCCCCUGCCCCGCCAGUUCGACACCCGCACCCACGGUGUUGCCUCUCAUACUGCCUGCAAACCGGCCACAAGAUCAACAGCAACAGGCUUCCUCGAUUCCUCAUGGUCUUUACCGUGAGAUUCUCCCUAAUAAUGGCAAUUCAAAUGUGUGCGGCGUCCAGAGAGUGCACCCUCAUCAUCAGCAGCAACAAGCCCAGGUGAGGCCAACCCAAACCUACUAUAGUUUAUUGGCGCCCAGCAGCGUAACCGCCUCCAACGCCAACAACAACAGCAACAAUCAGCCGACAUCUUUCCUGCCCCCUCCUACCUGA